AUGGAUGGUUCCCGCUCGGAGAGCAGCAUUGACUUGGUGGAAGAAUUUUCGAAAGACAUCGGCGACCUCUCCAAGGACGAGAAUAUCAAAAUCCUUACCGCGGGCGUGAACAACAUGUACAGCAUUGCCAAAUGUGUGAGAAAUCUGAUUGCUCAAAAUGGUGGCCUCAAAGCAUACUUGACAUACCAGCGACUGGUCAAACUUCUCGAUUUCGUUUGGAAGAGUGCACAGUCAUUCCAAAAUAAUGUCUUGGAGUCGGAUCUUUCAAAAAAACAGCCAAAUGGCCUGCCAGGCACCCUCAAGGGCUUUGGGGAAGUUUUGGACGAGCUCAAGCGCAACCUCCCUCAAGAAGAUAUCGUGGAGGACACAAACAAAAUACCCAACUCGUCGGCAAUCGAGCUUCUUCUUGAACUGUUCUACAAAGGUAUCGCCAAGGUGCCUAGAAAUAUCUAUGAAUUCUUGCUGGCAUUCGAAGCCAGAUUCGGCAGAUACUUCACAGAAACAAACUCUUGCGGGUUGCCCAAGGUAGUUUUCAUAUGCUAUAAGCCCGGUGGCGUGAUAGUCACAGCUUCCGCAGUCAGAUGGGAGAUACCCUUGGGAAACACGAAAGGCUUACAGUAUAAGAGAGUGAAUGCUAAGCUGCGAGAGAUGCGGAUGAAGCGCUUCCGAUCGGCCCCGACAGAGGAGGAAGAAGCGAAGUUCACACAAGUGAAGGCAGCGAACCACAGAUGGCAGCAGGGUGGCCAGACUAUGAGCCGCCAGCUGAAAGACGAACGGUUCAAACCCUUCAAGCACCGGCGAAGACAAGCAGGCGCAUUUCAUGUCCUGGGUGGAGCAGGCAGCAUCCUCAAAAUCCACAACCCGUGCAUUAAAUGCCGCCACUUGUUCCGGUUUAAAUAUAUCGGUCAAAAAGCCACCGACAACCGACGACAGCGCAACACACUAUGGAACUAUCGCAACUGCGCCGAAGAUCUAUGCCAUGAAUUCUGUGUGAAAAAAGAAGCUUCAGACCGGAAGCCGGAUACAUCUCUGUGCUGA